GGCGGCGGCGGCUGCGAGGCUGGGCGGUGGAGGACCGUGUGCUGCGGAGCCGACAGCGGUUGGAGGUGUGAGGGCGGCAGAGGACCUGAGCGGGAGCCGGGCCGGUGUGGCCGCCGCCGCCACCAUGCAGGAAAUCAUCGCCAGCGUGGACCACAUCAAGUUCGACUUGGAGAUCGCGGUGGAGCAGCAGCUUGGGGCGCAGCCGCUGCCCUUCCCCGGCAUGGACAAGUCGGGGGCUGCUGUCUGCGAAUUCUUUUUGAAAGCUGCCUGUGGCAAAGGGGGCAUGUGCCCGUUCCGCCACAUCAGCGGUGAGAAGACGGUUGUGUGCAAACACUGGCUGCGGGGGCUGUGCAAGAAGGGGGACCAGUGCGAGUUCCUGCACGAGUACGACAUGACCAAGAUGCCCGAGUGCUACUUCUACUCGAAGUUCGGGGAGUGCAGCAACAAGGAGUGCCCCUUCCUGCACAUCGACCCCGAGUCCAAGAUCAAGGACUGUCCUUGGUACGACCGUGGCUUCUGCAAGCAUGGCCCCCUGUGCAGGCACCGGCACACGCGGAGAGUCAUCUGUGUGAAUUACCUCGUGGGAUUCUGUCCGGAGGGGCCCUCGUGUAAAUUCAUGCACCCUAGAUUUGAACUGCCGAUGGGAACCACCGAGCAGCCCCCACUGCCGCAGCAGACGCAGCCUCCCGCAAAGCAAAGUAACAAUCCGCCAUUACAAAGGUCGUCCUCCUUGAUCCAGUUAACGAGUCAGAACUCUUCUCCCAACCAGCAGAGAGCCCCGCAGGUCAUCGGGGUCAUGCAGAGUCAAAACAGCAGCGCAGGCAACCGGGGACCCCGGCCGCUGGAGCAGGUCACCUGUUACAAGUGUGGUGAAAAAGGACACUACGCCAACAGAUGCACCAAAGGGCACUUGGCCUUUCUCAGUGGACAGUAACAGCAGCUGGAGCCAGCUCAGAGCAGCCCGAGGGGGCCCGUUAUUGGGGACCACUCCGGGCCAUCCUUGGGAGUGUGCGUUUAACUGUUUGAUGCUGGUACAACUCUGGCUGGAGCUGGCAGGCAGGCAUACUGGGUUUUAUUCUGCGGGGCUACAUCUGUCCGUUUCCCUAUCGUUUUACUGUAAUCUUUUCUUUAAGGGGGCCAUGUGCUCCAGUUCGGUCCCUCAAGUUGGGAUCGCUCAUGUUUGUCUAGGCAUCGAGGCCUCCCAUCUGGGACUCUGCACCCCACCCUCCGGGGAGGGAGGAGGCUGUGGGGAAGGGCUUGUGCGUGGCAGUUCUGUGAGGAAGGUGGCCCUUCCUCUCAGGGCCUCCUUAGACACCAGGGACUGCUGGAUCACUGAAAGCUGUGGCCAAGUCACGCCUGCUUCCUCCCUGUCCUGCUGAAUCAGAGGCCGUGCCUAUCCAUGUGAUUUGAACGCGACAGCCCUUCAGAGCAAACUCAAUGCGGAGUUGCCCCUGCCGGCCCUGCUCCAGGGUGGCAGCAGUUGAGAGGACCAUGUAGGGCUCUUCAGUGUGAUGGUCUCUUUCCUCUGGGUUUAUUUUCUCGGGGCACCUGCUCAACAGUGUUUAAGGUAUACCUUAAGCUGGGGCUGCAGACACCCUUGGAAUAGACGAUGCAGUCCAUCUGUGCACCUACCUCCUGCCCCAUCAAGCAUCUGUACCGUCAGACACCUUUGGCCUAGAGGAGAGGGCCCUGCCUCUGAGCCUGGAAAUAUGAAACUGGCACCUGCAACCUGCUGGGCAAGUGGGCCUAUUCAAGUUCAAUUACAAGAACAAUUUUUAUGAAGUUGAUUAAAGCUUGUUUUU